AUGCCGGUGAUGCAAGACGCCAGAUACAACCCGUUCCGGAGAGGGGCGGACGAAGCGGAGAUGCGGCACGCUUUCUUAUCGCCGCUUGUGGUACCCCUCCGGACGCCGACCCGGCCGGUCGUUCUGGUGCAGCCACAGCCUGAACCGAAGCAACCUUCCGCCCCCGUCCCUCAAGUCGCCGAGCCUGAGUUCGCCGACUCUUUCCAGUUCCAGUAUCCAUGCGUACUCCCCCCGUUUAGCAUGACAACGGCGAUGCCGAGCACAACAACAUCAACACCACCACCACCAACAACAACAACAACAAUACGACAGGAACUUCCCCCUGCGACCAAGGCUGCCCCCGCUCACUUCGCAUCCAUGUCCUCCUUUCGCCCAAGCACACAAAACCCUGCCUAUUCAGCAGCAGACGAACUACACUGGUGGCAACCCAAACUUGAUGCCCCGCCGGCCGCCGCGGCGCGUAGCUGGGGAUCCGAGAACAGACAGGCGCACUCGCCCGCGGACAGCCUAUGGUUCCAGAUGGGCCGGCCCAGGUCAGACAGCGGUGGCGUGCACGGCGAGAUUCCCUUGCCGACGCUCGAUCAGCGGAGGAAACUAGACAGCAGGUUCGAUGCGCGCCAGCGAGGGGGCGAGGGAGAGCUGCAGCGGGCGGCGAGGCGCAAAGUCUCGAGUACUCCGCGCAGUCUGCUUCCUGGCAACGGCAACUUGGCGGGUGAGUGGAACAGGAGCGAGAAGGCAGGCGCCGGGCUGUUACCGUGGCAGUGCAUCGACAACGCGGCUGCCGAGGAGCACGAAUUUGCCGUGAGGGGGCUCAAGAAGAUCAGCGCAGACGAGUACACCCGCGCCGUCAAUGAGGUGUGGUGGUUGUACUAUGGGGCAGAGAAUAGGGGUGCAGUGAGGGUAGACGAAUGCAGGUAG